UGCAUAACGAAAGUGAAUGAAUGUAAACAAAAUACAAAAAUUUGAAAUUUAAAUAGAAGAAAUAGGAUAAAUUCAGAAAAAAUAGCAUGCAUAUCUUCUGAAUUUAUUGUAAGCACUAGAAAUUAUAAUAGAGAUCUGAACCAUUUUCUAAUGGCGUCUCGUUUGAAAAUCCCAAUUGUUAAUCGAAUAUUUAGUCUUGUAAUCCAUAAAGAAAGACCAAAAUGUCCGGUUUUUCUGCAACCAAGGUGGCGUUCUACAUUAAAUGCUGCUGCCCCCCCUAAAACUCAAUCUAAUCGAAAACUUAUUAUUGGAACUGCUAUUGGUGCCGUGGGUAUUGGUUUUGGAUUAUAUAGUUAUUUGUCACCUUCUGAUUCCAAACAAAAGCAUCAAACCGGUGUGGCUCUUAUAGAAAAAACAGAUUACACAAGAAAUGAUGACAUUGUGGAUAUUAAACCAUCGAGAGAAAUAUUUGGUCCAGCUACUGGUAUCGGACUUGAUUUAACCCUCUACCAAUAUCAAACAUGUCCGUUUUGUUGCAAGGUUCGUGCUUUUCUUGAGUUCUAUGGUAUUCCAUAUAAGAUAAUUGAAGUUAAUCCUGUUAUGAGGCAGCAACUGAAAUUUUCAAAAUAUAAAAAAGUUCCAAUUCUUAUUGUUGAAGAUAAAGAAGCAUCCAAAAAGCAUCAACUGAAUGAUUCUUCAGUUAUCAUCAGCAUCUUGGGGACAUUUCUUGAAGAUGUUUCUUUUGGAUUAGAAUCAGUUCUAAAGUAUUAUGUUCCUGUAGCUUAUAUUAAUGAAGACGGUAAAGAAGUCGAAGAAAUAAUGAAUAAAUAUUUUCUUAUGUUUGGAGACAAGUAUAAAGAAAGUGCAGAUACUUUUUUAAAGAAAGAGAGGCAGUGGCGGAAAUGGGCUGAUAAUGUAUUUGUUCAUGUUCUGUCUCCAAAUAUUUACCGAUCAUAUAAUGAAGCCCUACAAGCUUUCAAUUAUUUCUCUGAAGUUGGAGAAUGGGAAAAAAAUUUCUCAACUAUUGAAAGGCUUAUUGUCAUUUAUGUUGGAGCCACAGCUAUGUAUUUUGUUGGAAAAAGAUUAAAGAAAAAACAUGGGUUGAAAGAUGACGUACGAGAAUCUUUGUAUGAUGCCUCUAGACAGUGGAUGAAGGAAAUUGGCUCAAAAAAGAAAUUCAUGGGUGGUGAUUUACCGAAUCUUGCAGAUUUAGCUGUUUAUGGUAUGCUUAGUUCAAUCGAAGGGUGUUUAGCAUUUCAAGACUUGCUGAAAAAUACAAAUAUUGGCCCUUGGUAUUAUAAUGUAAAGGAAGCUGUUGCCAAUCAUCAUGGAUUCCAGAAGUUAAAACUAUAAUCAAGUGUUAAAUUUUAUUCAGUGUAGAAUUGACUUAUAUAUUAUUUAUUUUUAAAUAAAGUAAAAAAUAUGUCUUUAUUAAUUGGGAAAUCAAUGGAUAUAAAAUUAGAUUGUUAUUUUAAAAUGACAAUUUGAUAUUGCUAUGUUUAAAAACUAAUCAAAUUGACAUUACAUUGUACAUUACUACUUAAUAAUAAAUUAUCCAAUAAGUGUU